GAUCAUGGUAUCCUUGAAUCAUGAAACACAGGCAAUCUUCAAUUCACGACCUCCUUUUAUCACAUUAUGGAGCAGCACAUUAGCAACAUCUGCCAACAAAAAAUGGCAAUGACAGAUCAGGAAACAUAUGGUUCAUCUUUACAAGAAAAGGGCAAUGCUUGUUCAUUGAGGAGGUUCUGUUUCUUUCUCCUUUUCUUUGUCUGUCUUACAGUAGCAGUACUUGGAGCAGCUGCUGGAAUCAUCUUCUUCCUGCUGAAACCCCGGAAGCCGGAAUUCUCUCUGCAUACAUUGCGCUUUGACUCCUAUAAGCUAGAAGAGUCGUCAACCUCUGAUCUCUACCUCUCUUCUAACCUCUCCCUAAUGCUGAACGCCUGGAACAGCAAUAAGUUCGGUAUAGGAUACGACCCGUCGAGAUACAGUGUUCUCUACAGAGGGAUUCCAAUUGGAGUCGGCCAGAUGCCAAGCUUUUAUCAACCAGAACACAGUCAGAAUGUUAGUGUGGAAAUGCAGUUUGUAUUAGAUCGGCUGAAUCUACAUCAAGUGGCUAAAGAAGGCUUCCUGAAUAACUUCACUAGCACAAAUGGCCUUGUACAGAUGAGAUUCAUAGGAAGCGUCAGAGCACAUGCACGUAUUUUGCAUAUCAAUUUGCCAAAGGUUAAGGUUGCAGUUGACUGUCAAAUAGAUGUCAGCUAUGAGGAUAUUGUGCUCAACGAGAGGGCCUACGAAUCAUGGAGCAGCAUCAAGGCUACAUCUAUGUAUUUCCCAUCUCUGAAGAAGAAGUGCUCCACAGAAUUGGAAAUCUAGUUGGACGUUUUCUUCUCCCUCUUAAGUUAAUCUUUUUGUGAUAAGCCAAAGUAAAACCUGGUUGUCAUUGGGCUGGCGAGAACACCCUGUGUGUCUGUGUGUGUAGGCCUCGCUGGUAAGUGCCUGCAAUGGCCUAAGGCGACCAACCCCGUUCGGUCUCAUUACAAUUGUAUAGGUAGAUGAUUAAAGAAAGUCGCUCCCCUCGAGGUUCGGACUCGUAAGGUGGAGAUGUGUUCAAACCGCGUGCUCUCCUCACCGCCAAUAGCUAAAAGAGGGCAGGCACCAUUGUAACCAACAUUUCAUUCAUUGUCAUGGCCAUAUUUGCUCUUGUUUACUGCUCUUGUUCGGUAAAUCUGUAUCUGCUUACAUGUAUCUUAAGGACAGUACCUUUAAAA